AUGAGUGAUGUCGGGGCCAGACAUGUCGUGAGCGCCCUUGAUUAUCCAAGUACAAAUGGCCUGACGGAGUGGUUCGUGCAAACGUUGAAGUCUGCUCUGCGCAAGUCGCCAACCUGUGAGUCUGUCGAAGAAACACUUCACAAGUUUUUAUUGGCAUACCAAAACACGCCUCAUCCUACGACUGGAGAAGCUACAGCUAACUUGUUGACGGGUAGAAGAUUGCGCACCAGACUGGAUGCCAUGAAGCCUACAGUGGAGGGGAGGGUGAUGCACAGUCAAUUCACCCAAAUGCAGCAGCGGAAGAGCAACAGAAACUGUUUUUGUAUUAAUGACAGUGUUCUAGUUCGAAAUUACAGAGGCUCCCCCAAGUGGGUCCGUGGAACCGUGCUAAAGAAGACUGGCCCAGUCUCUUAUGAAGUUAUAGUCACUACCCCCAGAGGAAAGUUCAUCUGGCGCCGACAUCUCGACCAGCUGUUGGGAGGCACGGGCACUGUGACGACACCGAGGGCAUCGGAGUCAGACUUCACGGAGGGGUUCCUGGCUCUCCCUCAAAGCCAGGCUGGUGACCAGUCAACGUCGGAGGAGCCCGUGCCCAUGGAGGCUGCCUCUCCAGUGCCCACUCCUCCAUCGGAGACACCCGCACCGGAACGGCGCUACCCGUCAAGACAACGCCGUCCACCUCAUCGAUACGAAGUCCGCUUUUAA